AUCGACUUCCACGUCCACGGUAUCGGGAACAUGCAAGAUGUCCUUCCAAAUCUUGAAAUAGGGUGUUUCCGAUGUGUUUUCUCGUUAUCUAGGCACCGUUUAUCAUGUUCGAAACUUGGGAGCCUACUGAUUCGUUUCUACACUUCUGUCACGGUCAUAUCAGGAGACGAGAGAUCACUUCAAGGAUAAUCAUCCGAAAUCUCCUGGUUAAACAAAUCAUGGCCGAAAAAGUUGUGCGGGAGCUACAUGAAGAAUUUAUCUGCUACCCGCUCACAUGACGUUGGCAUGACUUGCCGACCCUUUCGAAUCGAGGAUUAGUGCAUAGCGAAGGCGCCACCAUUAUUCAUUUGGACCUAGUUGGACCGUCUAGUUCGUCUACCCUGCAACAGACUCCCGUCUACGGCAACGGUGGAUGAUCUAUGCGAAGAGGAACCAGAAUCUAUGGUGCUGUGUGAUACUUCACAACGGGAUUCAGCCUUAUCGUGUUUUUAUUCUUGUUUCGGGGUUUCCGUCAACUAUCGAGACAGUUCGAGACGGAGGAUCCUGCGGCUAAUGAAUUCACUGUCAACACUUUCCCCAAUGAGCUGAAGACGGCCUGACACAGCACUUAUUCUGUCAACCUCCUCAAUCACCCCACGUUACAGUACUUAAACCCCGACGGUUGACUAGUGCCGUUUGCUCAUAACGAUACAGUCGCACUAUGGUCAGGAUAUCCCCCAUUGCUCUCUUCCAGCUGCUCUUAGUGUCAACCUCGCUCGGAAAUUCCUGCAUUCGCCGUGGACGAGGCUCUAUCAUCCUCGAAGAGCAUUGGGUAUCGACAGAAGAAAGCAAGUCUAUCACUUCAGCCACCAUUCCGUAUGGACAAACAAUCGAAGAGUUUCAAUUGAACAUAGCUGACAUUCACAAUCAACGUCUUCAAACGAUGGAUGAUAAUCACAUUGACUAUAUGGUUCUAUCCUAUGGAAGUCCUGGUAUUCAAGGUAUAUCCGAUCCUGAGAAGGCUUUAGCGACUGCGACCGAGAUCAACAACCGAAUGGCUGGCCUCAUAUCAAACAAUACACAACGAUUUGGUGUCUUUGCUGCCUUACCGAUGCACAAUGCCUCACUCGCUUCGCAAGAACUCCGUCGCGCUGUGACUGAACUAGGUUUCGUCGGAGCAAUGAUACAUGAUUACCAGCAAUCUGGUCCCGACAACGGAACUUUGUACUAUGAUCGCGCAGGAUAUGACGAAUUCUGGAAGACAGUGUCAGAACUCGACAUUCCGGUUUAUUUUCAUCCACGCCUGAACACUCCAGCCCUUUCGGGUCCUAUAUACAAGGAUGCACCAUGGUUGAGAGGCGCCAUUCAGGAGUUUGCUGUCACCCUUUCGAAUCAUAUCCUUCGACUUUGUGUGAAUGGAGUUUUCGAUCGUUUUCCGGAUGUUAAAAUCAUCGUAGGGCACAUGGGAGAACGCUUGUCUUCUGAUUUAUAUCGCAUAGAAAGAACGCUACGAGCUCAGUUAACUCCUGGACUUCCUAUGCAGCAAAAGCUUUCCUGGUACUGGCAAAGGAAUAUCUACGAAACAACUUCCGGAGAUUUCACCACACCGCUCUUCCGUUUCCACCGACAGCAAUUGGGAAUCUCACGGAUGUUGUUUUCGGUCGAUUAUCCAUUUGAGCCGAUCGGUGAGGCUAGCGAAUGGCUUGAGAGCUUGUCGGAAAUAUUGAGUGUGGGCGAGUUGUAUGCGUUGAGGAGGGGGAAUGCUAUGAAGCUGCUUAAAUUGAAGGAGUGUUAGGGUGAAAUAGGCUUGUGCUGUGACUCUCGCGCGUUAUAAUGCCAUGAAUGCUGAUCUCGUUAGCUAUUCAAAGC